GUCUGAGUGCGGGACAGUGAUGAUGUGUCAGCGAAGAAUAUUAGCGUUCUGAUCAUUUUCCCGCUCCUGACUUCAGCAUUCCACCAAGAACCGUUAAGUAAAUACUAAAGUGAGUUCGUUAAACCGGUUAUGGAGCAUUGUGGAGAGAACAUUUCUCUGCCGGGGAAAGUGAAGACCGGAGUCCUGUCGUGGGUGUGCAAAAGAUGUGGGCUGUUUGGGUCUUCACUGAACUGAGCAUGAAAUCCUUUUGGAUCUACCUUCGAAUGAAUACCUCAGUGCCCAAAACCCAGGUAUCAGGCUAACGCUAAGACAACCUGAGCUUCACCCAACCCAUUUUAUUAACUUUCCUCUUCAGUGCCAUCAUGCCAAUCAUCAGCAAUGCCAAUCAUGACUUCAGCAACCUCUCAGUCAGUGACGACAGCAGCUUGGACCACAUCUUUACAGAGAUCCCGGAAACUGAGACCAUCAAGGGAGUUUAUUAUCAGCGGGCUCAGUUCCUUCGCCGACCAGAAGAUCUAUUUACUGUUGACCACAGCCUGCAGGCCCUCAUCAAUGUGGGGGGCAACCGUUACACCUUCCCUUGGAGUACGUUAGAGCAGUUCCCCUUGACGCGUUUAGGACGUCUCAGACCCUGCAGCAGUCCCGAGGAGAUUGCUUGUGUUUGUGACGAUUAUGAUGAGGCAUGCCGUGAAUUCUUCUUUGACCGUAGUCCCAGUGCAUUCCGUGUAAUCCUCAACUUCCUAGCAGCAGGAAAGCUCCGAAUGUUACGGGAAAUGUGUGCGCUUUCGCUGCAUGAGGAGCUCAACUAUUGGGGCAUAGAGAUGGCCUACAUGGAACGCUGCUGUAAGCGCAAGAUCUACACUCGGAUUGAGGAAGUCGCUGAGCUCGAGCGACGGGAGGAGGAACGCCGUCAACGCAAUAUGCAGCUGUGCCCUCCUGCUGAGGAGACAGGUUACCGCAAGUUCAUGAAUGAUUUGAGGGACAUGGUGGAGAACCCUCAAUCGGGUUUGCCAGGAAAGAUGUUCGCCUGCAUGUCUGUGUUGAUGGUGGCAGUAACAGUAAUCAGCCUGUGCAUCAGCACCAUGCCAGACCUCAGAGAGGAGGAGAACAGGGGUGUGUGUUCCCAGAAAUGCUACCACAUGUUCAUCGUCGAGACUGUUUGUGUGGGCUGGUUCUCACUGGAGUUUCUGCUACGGUUCGUGCAGGCGCACAGCAAGCUGGAGUUUCUCCGUGGACCCUUGAACAUCAUCGACGUCAUGGCUAUCCUGCCCUACUAUGUGUCUCUGAUAGUGGAUGAGAACCCCACCAGUGAACAUGAGCGACCCUCUGGAGGUAAGGGCUACCUGGACAAGCUCGGGCUAGUACUGCGGAUCCUACGUGCCCUUCGGAUCCUGUACGUCAUGCGGCUGGCCCGCCACUCUCUGGGCUUGCAGACUCUGGGGAUGACGGUGCGGCGGAGUACGCGCGAAUUUGGCCUGCUGAUGCUCUUUCUCUGCGUAGCCGUGACACUCUUUUCACCUCUUGUGCACCUGGCGGAGAGCGAGCUGACCGGAGCACAGGAUUUCAGCAGCAUCCCCGCUUCUUACUGGUGGGCGAUCAUCUCCAUGACUACAGUGGGUUAUGGGGACAUGGUACCCAGGAGCAUACCCGGUCAGGUAGUGGCUCUCAGUAGCAUCCUGAGUGGGAUCCUAAUCAUGGCCUUCCCAGCCACUUCCAUUUUCCACAUGUUUUCCCGCUCCUACCAGGAGCUGAAACAGGAGCACGACAGGCUCUUUAAAGAGGAGUGUGCGGCGGCCGCAGCUGCGACCACAGGACCUGAGGAUGAGGAAGACAGAGGAUGGGUGGCUUAUCCUCCUCCUAGACUAGUUCUUACUCCAGACACAGAGACGCCAGGCUCAUUUGAAGACCUUUAUCUUCUUGGGAAUGGUGGAGAGACUUCUGGGAAUAACAAGCACCCGUUACCAGCUGGAGCUUUUUAAGUGAUGCACACGCAUCAUAUGCUUCUCUAGAUCAAACCUGUUCUUCCAUGCCCUCAUGCUGAACCCUCCUGUAGUGGACAGGGUGAAUUUUCAUAGACGCCUCUGUCUAAAAAGAUUAAAGGCCCUUGAAGCUAUUUUGUCUUCCAUCAGCCACAAGCUGAUCAUGUCUCAUUAAAGCACUAAUUCCUUCACACUGUAGACAGAUUUAGCACUCCAUGAAAAUCCAUACUAUAGAAAUAAAAAAUAAAGCUAGUUUAACUUUAAAGCCAUAUUCCAUAUCCGUUAGACAAACAAAUCCAAAGAUGUGUUUAUUGGUUGAUUAUUAAGGUUCAAGAAUUGCUCUUCCAGAAAACUUGAAUAUAUAAUUUCCUGCGCCAGUUUAGGACAGACAUGCUCUUGUACAGGUCCAAAUAAAAACAGUAAUCUCAA